UGAUCGUAAAUACACAUGUAUGAAAUGAAGCUAUGUGGUGUGAUGGAAGCUGGAUGUGCUGUACAAAUGCUUUUUUGUUGUUGUUUUUAUUAGAGAUUUACAUUGCUCUUAUUUCGCUGCUGCGACGUUUUUACUUAUACGAAUUUAUGUAUACAUUAUAUUUUAUUUAUUUAUUUUGUGGAAAAAAACAUUCGUUUGAGAUUCUUUCGCAUGAAUGUAUCGCAGCUUUUCAUAAGCAACAGUUUAAGUAAAAAACGCGAACGAAUCGCUAGGCGGGCGCGUGAAUAGACGGAAAGUGUAGAUUCAAAUUUAACUAAGCGCAAUUCUAAUGGAAAUUUAAAUUUUAUGUAACCAGAACAGCGUGCGAUUGGAGAGCGUUUUUCGGCGCAGGAAAUGAAAUAAAUAAAAGGUGCGCUAAAAAAAAGUGUGGCAAAAACAAGCAAACAUUUAAUAAAAAAAAGGUAAAAAUAUUGAGACAUUUUUAAAAAAAUUUUAGAAAAUUAAAAACUAAAAAAGUGCCCAAAUGACCACCGGGUGUGCGAAAAAAUGAAAUUUCCUGCGCGUGGCAACAACAAAAGCUCAAUAACUUUAACUGCAACGCACAGUGGUUGUAGCAGCAUGCGCGCCACAAAAUAUGCUAACGCCCACAAGGACAACAGCUGCAAGGACACGAACAACAAAGAACGUCGUGCGCCCAGCUUGUUGGCAAAUGCAGUAAAAAUGAAAAUUACCAAAUGUAAUGCCACCAAAUUGGCUAGCGCUGCGAAUGGAAAUAAGCCUGCUUCAGCUACAACAACAACAACAACAGCAGCGGCGGCGGCAACAGUAAGCAACACAACAACAACAACAGCUAGUGCGUUUAACAGUAAUAAUCUCAGUAGAUUGUUGAAUGAAAGUCACAGAAUACAGUUAACGACAGGCGCUCAAAACCAGCAAGACGCACAAGGAUUGCAUUUGGUGAAUAGACAGCACUAUCGACCAACGCCGCAGCCGGGUGAGGGAGUGUGUGGUGAGUACGCGCAUAGAGGAUCCCACAUGGUGAAUGCCAAUGCAGGCAGCGCAGAUGGUGAAAGGCGACGCGCACAAGUGCAACAACAACAACCCUCAACGUCAUAUUCACGGCAGCAGGAUCAGCUAUUGGCGGAAGACAUGCGUGCUUAUGCCACAAGUACAGCAGCAACAGCUACAUCCAUUGGGCAUGAAAAUCCAGAGCGACGCAAUGCAAUAACGCCAAUGGCUAACACACCAGCAGGAGUGAGGAUGGUGAGCAGCACCAGCAGCGUUGGUGUGGUAAAAGAGGAAGAGAAGAGUUCACCACAGCCAGUGGCCACAGCGGCGCUGGAAAGGAUGACAUUCAUAGCGACUGAGACGCGCACUGCGCUGCCGCAACAGCAAGAAGUCAUGCGUAGUGCUGGGGAGAAUUGUGCGCAGCCGAGAGGCACAAACGCCUAUACAACAACACCAACAACGGCGGCUUUGGCAUGCACAAAUGUGUACUCACACGCGCACUCGCUCGCUCGGUCGUCAGCACAAACACCAACACCAACACCAACACCAACACAAGCUGAACAGCACGCUUCGUACUCGUCACCUACGUCUUCACAGUUGGCUACGUUGCUUGCAUUGCCUGCCACUUUGCCGCCGUCAUCGUCGUCGUCGUCGUCUGCGGCAGACGCAGCGGCAGCGGCAGCGGCAGCGUCCAAGUCCACGUCCGUGUCAGUGUCCGUGUCGUCGUUAAGGUCCGCGACACCACAGCUCAUAUCAGUUGUCAACGAAACAUCAAACCAAACGGUGUUACGUACGAUCGGUGAAGCCCGAACAGCAACUACAGUAACAACGGCCUUUGAACAAACGCCAAAUGCAACAAUAACACAAAUACCCACAACGCUUGCAACUAAUGCAAUUUUCAAAGUGAAAUUAGAGAAUAGCGAAGACGUCGAAACGGAUAAUAAUCAGCAGCAGCAGCAGGCAAGCCCUAGUGACGUCGUUGUUCGAGAUAGUGUCGGCAAUACGGAACACCAACAACAACAGCCGUUACAACAGUUGGCGUCGCGUGAUAAAAAUGCCAAAAACGCUGAUAAGUGUCGAAAUGCGAUAACAACGUCUACAGCGAUAUCAACAACAGCAACAUUGCCGCCGGUUGUAGCAACAAAUGUCGCGCAAAUAUCGGUUAUAAAUAGCAACAAUAAGAACAACAACAACAAUAAUAACAAUAGUAAAUUGUGUGUUAGUGUAAACAGUACAAAUCCAAGUGAUAUCAAAAAUGCAAAAAUUAGUGAUGAACCACAACAAAAACAACAACACGAACAAGAGCAAGAACAAGAAGAAAUCUCAAGGGCAGUUGUAGAGCAGCAGCAACAACAACAAAGUGAUUUGCUGCCACUAAACUAUCGCGGUGUAAACAAUUCAGUGAUUAUAGCUAAUUUUAAUAGUAACAUCGGCAACAACAAUAAUAACAAUAACACUAACAACAGCACAGCAGCCAACGCGGCGCACUACGAGCAAGAAGAGGAGGAAGAGACGACAGCGCAAGAGCAACAGCUGUUGCAGGACGAGCAGCAGCAGCAACAGCAACAACAGCAUCAGGAGCAGCAGCAUUAUUUGCGCUACACGCAGCAAUUAUCGCAGGACAGCAUCGACGAACAACAACAGCAACAACAACAGCAGCAGCAACAACAACAAUUGUUGCAUCUCACCACGAAUAUACUCAACGGCACUGAUCCCAACUUAAAUUUGGCCGCUGCCGCUGUCGAUUUGCAACAACAGCACCAACAACAACAACAUCAACAUUGGCUAUCCGCCUACAAUAGUUGUGCCUACGAUCUCUCACGACAUCAUCAUCAGCAACAACUGCAACAGCAGCAACAGCACCACCACCAGCAACAUUUACUGCAAUUGGAGCAACAGCAUCAGCAACAACAACAGCAGCAGCAGCACACCAAAGAGUUGCUCGAAAAAUCCGAUUUGAUUGCCUUACAUCCAUCACAUUUACUCUUCUCGCCACAUCUCACCUCACCAGCAUCGCCUUACGUACACUCCACAUCGCCGCAUCAUUUGCAUCCACAUACGAACGCACACGCAGUACAUCAUACACAAUUCAUUGACGACAACAUGCGUAACAAUUUCAGUUUGUACACACCUUAUGGUGGCAAUCCACACCAUGAACAUUUGCAACAUCACGCCACCAGCACUGGCGCUGCGCCCAGCAGCAUUGAUGAGGUUAUACAGGAUACGCUGAAGGAUGAGUGUAUGGAGGAUCAUCAUGGCGUGAGCUAUUGCACAUUGACCACAGUGCCCGAUUUGAAGGAUGCCUAUCAUCAUCAGCAUAUGUUGGCCGAUCAACAGGUGCUGACGCCCACCCAACUGCAUCAGCUGCAUGUGGCUACACAACAUCACAACAAUUCGGUUAGUUCGGGUGGUGGUUCACCGUCGCCCACAUCACUAUCGCAUGGCGGUGUGCCAGGAGAUGGCGCCAGUUUUACACAGCUGACGAAUGCGACCCCCUAUCGGGAUGUUUAUGGUAGCUUUCCUUCGGAUCAUACAGUCAUGUCGCUAUUUCCGUCCUCGCUGAGUCCGGUUCUAUCGAGUUCAGUCUAUCCCGGUUCGCUGCUGACACCGGUCACCAAUGGCAUGCAACCCAGCAGUACAGCAGCACUCACCGCCGUCUCAUCCGUUUCACCGUCCCAUCACCCAGCAGCGCAUUCGGCGGCCUCCACGCCUGGCGCACACUCAACAAAUUCAGUCGUAGCAGCGGCCAAUGCAUCGCUUGCCACCGGUUCCGGUUCAAAUUCCAUCUGUAACGAUGACUAUGGCUCACCGAAGAGCAACACCAGUAGCAAUGGUGGUGCGGCUGGCGAUGGUAAUAGUGGGCCGUUGCCAGCAUUUCAACGUAUUACCAGUUAUGGUGGUGGUGCGGGCGGCACAGCUGGUGUGGCGAAUUUGAACGGCGGCGGCGUAACAACGGUUGGCAGUGGCGCCGAUCGUUACACAUCGUUGGCAAAUUAUCGCACAAACGACACAUGGCCCGGUCAUUAUGAGGCAAUUAGCUACGCGCCCACAUCGGUCGUAACGAGUGCUGCCGGCCUGGUUGGCAAUACGAAUGUUAUACGCAGCUGCAAUGGACGUACGGGCCCCGGUAUUGGGGUAGUUGGCGUUGGUGUGGAGGGCUCUGCCUCAGCUAAUUUGGCCGCCGCAGCUGCGGCCCAUUUGAGUGCGUCGGCAUCGUUGACAGCAACAUUUUACGAUGCCGAUUUUAUCACCGAUGGGCGAGAAUGUGUCAAUUGUGGUGCGGUUUCAACUCCAUUGUGGCGCCGUGAUAAUACCGGACAUUAUUUGUGCAAUGCGUGCGGUCUUUAUAAUAAAACGAACGGCAUGAAUCGUCCCUUAAUAAAACAGCCUAGAAGAUUGAGUGCCUCCCGUCGUGUCGGUUUGUCCUGCUCAAAUUGCCUUACAACACACACUUCGCUGUGGCGUCGAAAUCCCAGCGGUGAGCCCGUCUGCAAUGCCUGCGGACUUUACUUCAAAUUGCAUAGCGUGAAACGUCCAUUAACCAUGAAGAAGGACACCAUACAGACACGCAAGCGAAAAGCAAAGGGUACUAAAGGCGAAAAAUCUAGCAAAAGCAGCAAACAAAAUGCGAACUCCAACCCCGCCGCUGACGCAAAUAAUGAACUAAAACAUUUAACAACUAAUUUGCAACAACAAUUGGCAAGCACACAAUUGCUGCAAUUGAAACAAGAGCCACAAAGCAACAACACUGCGCUGGCGCAAACAACCCUAAUGUCACCAACAACAAAUGACGGCAGCGCCUCGCCGACGGACACGAAGUCACCGCUGUUGGGACUGUUGCCCGCAUCACCGCUAACGCCACAGCAGCAACAACAGUUGGAAGAAGUGGCCGCCAUGCAGGAGCAAAAACUGCGACAACAAGAACAACAACAACAACUGCAGCAAUCAUACAACCAGAAAAUGUCACCACCAAUGACACACAUCCACUCACCAAUAAUGUUCUCAUCCACAUCACCGACUCACAAUGGGCAUUUGAAUAACAAUAACAAUAAUAAUAACACUGUUGCAUAUGUCAAUAAUAACAAUAAUAAUAGCAACAACAACAAUAACAACAAUCAUAUCACCAAUAACAAUGAAACUUUAAAGCUUAUGCAGAAGCAGCUGCAGGCUCACCAACAGCAAAUGCAGACACAGCAGCAGCAGCAGCAGCAGCAGCAACAACAACACGCAUCAUCCUCACCGCGCCAUCAGCAACAGCAACAGCAACAACAACAAUUAUUGGCCCAGCAACUUAUGCAUCUGAUGCCACCACACUCAUCCCCCUCGGCAUCAGUCUCAAUGCCAUCAACGCCGAGCACACCAACCACACCGACGACGACGUCGCAACAGCUCCAACAACAGCAACAACUCCAGCAGCAACAGCAGCAGCAACUGCGACACCAUCUAUCGCCACAGCAACAACAACAGAUCUUUCAGCAAUUAACACACCAACAUCAGUUUCAACAUGGCCAACUGCAGACGCAUUUAUCUAAUAUGUGCAAUUCGUUGCAUUACCACCACCAACAGCAACAGCAACAACAACAACAACAACAACAGUACCUGCAGCAACAGGCGCAUAGUCCAGCUGGUUCAGUAUCGCCAGCGCAUUCCAGCUUCGGCGAAUUGGUGCCACUGCAUGAGGAAGCCAUUAAAAUUGAACAGCUUCAGCAGCAGCAUCAACAACAACAACAACAACACCACCACCACCACCACCAGCAUCAUCAUCAUCAUGCAUUGUUGCAACAAGAUGUGGCACUUAGCCGCAGUCCAUCACUGGAGGAGGAUGAGGUGAUGUUUGAGCUGCAACAGCAACAGCAGCAACAACAACAUGCGCAUGCGCAAGCGAUUGCAUUGCAUUUGCAACACCAGCAUGAACUGCAACAACAACACCAACAAAGUCUAUUCGAAUUGCACGAAUUCGAACGGAAGUAUGAGCGCGAGACGGUGGUGAAAACGGAGUGAGUGGUGGGGAGGAGCUGGUGGUGUAUAUAAAUAUGUAGGAGUAAUUGUGUACAUACAUAAGUGAAGGAUGAAUGAAGAAAUGUGCGGGCAGUGGGCGGUGCUAGCAAAACGGAAUCAGCGAGAAACCAAAGAGCGGAUUUCUUUUACAUAACAUUUUUGAGUGUUGUUUUUUUUCAAUUGUUAUACGAUAUUUUAAGGAUAAGCAAUAUUUUUUAAGUUAUUUGCGAAUAUUUUAGAUUUACUUUUAAGGAAUCUCAAUUCUCCAAAGACCUCGAUAGGCAAUAAUGUAUAAAAAAAAUUCGUACUUUUUAUAAGCAUAAGCCAGUUGAUUGUAUGCAUUGAAUCUCAAAAAAAAAA